CUUUUACCGCCCAUCGUUGCUUUCCGACAGCCUGGUGUGCCGUUGAAAUUUCCUCUUGAUAUCUUUUGGCGAAUGUUCAACUGGCCAUUUCAAAAAAAUUGAUCACUCUGCCCUUACAACUAAGUAAAAAGUGUACAUGUGAAGUACGUUUCCCACCAGCGCCACACUUGGAAAGAAGAUGUUGCCGAUCCCGUUGCUGGAGUCGGCGUCGACUUCCUCUACCACGGGCGGGUCCCACGACAUACGAAGGUGUCGAUAUUCCUUGACAAGGAAAUCGGAUCGCAGACCUGCCGUUUUAAAGCGGCACGUGAGGAACUUGUUGGCAGUCGCGUCAAUAUGUGGUCGUGUCAGCGCAGUGGUCGACAAGCAUGUUUUUUUCAAGGAGCUGCCGCCAGUGUACAGCGAGCCGCGCACCCUGGUGCUCGCCGAGGAUCCAGAUGCAGCGAGGGGCCAGUACUCCUUGCUCCUCACAGAGCUGCUGGACCGCAAUCACAAGAUCGCGUAUGCUCCGCUCAACAUGAAGAACACGCCGCUUUUCGCAUACGGGGAGCGCAUUUACGAGCACGUUCUGCUGAUACCAGGAACCGCGUCGUUCCCCAGCAGCGCGGUGAAGCCGGUAAAGUGAUUGUAGUACAUCGCUUUCUUGAUUGAACGGGUUCUUCUAGUCGUUCUUUUCCAAAACGAAAUCCGCCAGUGUACUAUGUGUCACGAUGAAGGGGACUAGCAUUGAUGGUGAACAAUCGAAAGCAAAAAAAUAUUUCAUUAUACUAAUCCAGCCCGGCUACCGGUCCACGCAAAAGGAACUGGAGAUCCAGGGGCAGCAGAGAGGCAAGGCGAACCCGACGGCAAAUUUGUCGGUCACAGAGAUGCUGAAAUUUAUAGACGCUGGCGGCAACGUGUUGUUUUUCGGCAGCAAGCCCAGUAUGGAUUGUAAAAAUGUCUGGGUCUGGAAGAAUGGAAGGUCUGUCAUGCUCUGCCAGCAUGACCCCAAAGUCUGUCAUGCACGUUACCCAAGAGCCCCGUUUUUUUGUCAUGCAGAAACGCAGUUUGUCAUGCAGAAUAGGCAAUACCCCGAAGCUCAGAAACUUGUCAUGCUGAGCCAGUACUUGUGGCCGCCUCAUGAGACGCCAACCAGCAUCACAAGUUUCCAGACCCAGACAUUUUUGCAUUUGAUACCCAGUCCGGACAUGCGAAAGUUCGCGAACGAGUGCGGCGUCGACUUCCACAAGGGCAUAUGGAUUGCAAAUAUGUCUGGGUCUGGAAACUUGUAAUGCUCAAACUGAAUGAUAGACGCGCCACAAUACGCAGCUAUGCAUGACAAAUUUUGCGGCUGCCAUGUCUUACGUAUUCCGCAUGGCAAACUGCCUUUUCGCAUGAAAGUUAAGAGGGCUCUUUCGUGCCUAUGCAACACAGAUUCUCGAGUCAUGCCAGACAAGCAUGACAAACUUGCAUUCUUCCAGACCCAGACACUUUUACAUUUGAUAGGGCAGCACUGCGGUGUGGGACUUUUUCUCAGAGAGCGGCAACACCAUUCAGGGUCGCAUCCGCCCCGAGGCGAGCGCGGUGGUUGGACAGUUUGACGCCGACGGAAAUCCGCAGUUGCAGGCGGGAGGUACAUGAGAUCCAUUCUUCCAGUGUAAUUCGUUUUUUCCGGGCGACGACUUGUAACUAAAUCACGAAGUCUGUUCGUACCCUGUACAAAGCAGAAGUACUGCUUGUUUGAGUGUGAACCUGUACUUUUCGCAAAUGCAUUGCAACACCCUAUUUGACAGAGGACACGGUUUCCUUCGAGGGGCUGAGCCAUUCCGUGGCCUCCUCCCAGUUGACCUUCAACAUCGUCUCCGGAAGCGGCUCCGCAUUUGUUACGCCCGACGCCGGGGGCAAGAAAGAGCCGAUCGUUGUCGGGGAGGCCGUGUCCCUCGUGUCCGCGAUGCAAGCUAGGAAUUCCGUAUUUACAAUACUAGUGCGACGAUCUAUUGAUUUCUAUUGCGGGCAAAAAAAGAUGCUGUCGGGCGAUGAUGUCGAGUCGUAGUCUUGAUGCGCAAAAAUCGAUGUUGAAGUAGAACGGAACCUUCUAGACGUCUUUGAGCCGCAGUGCGUCGUGUAUGUGCCAUGUAUAAACUAUCGACUCCUGCAAACAGGCUCGCGUAGUGUUUGCGGGUUCCGAUUCCCUGUGUGCUGACGACAGCGAGGAGAACGCGAAUUUUUGCCGGGAGUUGGUAAAGUGGACGUUUCGUGAGCGGGGCGUGCUGCGCAUGGGAAACUUGCACAGCCACAAGGUUGGCGAAAACGUGCAGCCGUACAUGUAUCGAGUGCUGGACGAAAUCACUUUCAACAUCGACAUUGAGGAGUACCGGGACGGUAUACGACUCGUUUCGUUCUUCACAACUGCGCAUCAUGAAUUACUCAAUGUACUUACAACUACGCAAGAUGAAAGGUCCAAAAUAAAAACAAGCUGCGAAUGAAGAUUUGGGUUGUAGGCAAUAUUGCCUGAGAGUCGGCUCUCUAUUCCUUCGCUUGCGUUGCAUUUUACUCUUGCGGUGAGAUGAUGAUUUUCUUCGUAAGUCGUGGCCUAAAAUCUGAAAGAAUCUUUCUGACACCAGGCACCUGGCGCCCGUUUCGGCGCAGCGAUAUCCAGCUGGAGUUUGUGAUGCUCGACCCCUAUCUGCGGAUGUUCCUCGAUCCGCCGGCGAAAGACGGGAGCAGCAUCACCUACUCGAAGACGUUCAAGUCGCCGGAUGUGUACGGAGUGUUUAAAUUCAAGAUCGACUACGCGCGAAUCGGCUACAACCGCUUGCACGUGGAGGACCUAGCGCCCGUGCGCAACUUCAAGCACAAUGACUACGAGCGCUUCAUUUGGUGCGCGAGCCCCUACUACGCGACCUGCCUCCUGGUGCCGGUUUCCCUGCUCUUCUUCACGGCCGCAUUUCUCUACCACAAGGAGGAUUUGAAAAGCGGCGGCAAACUACUAUGAACAGGAGAGUUUUUUUUUCCUGAUGCGACCUCGUCCGUAUUGAAAUUCCGAGAAUAUCAGAAGGCAUAUGGUAAGCAAACCUUGUGUAGUAGUGAUGUUAGAGGACGUUGAGAAUACAGUCAGACAAGCUGCAACAUCGAAGUAGAUUUUGUAGAU